CCUCGCCUCUACUUCGCCUACGGCUCCAACCUCUCCCCAACCCAAAUGUCACUCCGCUGCCCCGCCUCUAAACCCCUCGGCCUAGCCCACCUCCCAGACCACACAUUCAUCAUAAACGCCCGCCGCUACGCCAACGUCGUUCCCAAUGGCCCCGUAAACCCUGCGUGCCUCGCCGAUGCCGACGCCGCCGCCGCACCGACCACGGACCCGGCCUCAGCUUCCGCGCCGCCUCCACCCUCGGCUCCGCCUUCCGCAGCUCCAGGCGUCUACGGCGUCCUCUACGCCCUCCCGCCCCAAGACGAAGCCACCCUCGACAGAUGCGAAGGCGUGCCCCACGCCUACCAAAAACAGGAUCUUACCGUCAGCAUCGUGAAUCUCACCUCUGACGGCACCGCCGCCGCCACCACCAACCUCACACCGGGCAGCAACGUCACGGCACUCGUCUACGUCGACACCGAGAGGACCGAACCCUCGACGCCGUGGGCCGAGUACGUCGACCGGAUGAACCGCGGCGUCGACGAGGCGACGGAGAGGUUUGGGUUGCCACGGGGGUAUGUUGAUGAGGUCAUCCGGAAUUACAUCCCGGCCGCUGCUUCG